CGUCAUCUCCGCCCGCUCGGCUCCGCAGCUCCAAUAUGGCGGCGCCCUGUGGCUCCUCGCAGCUCCCGGCCGCCGAGUCGCCGCUGAAGAUCCCCAAGAUGGAGGUCCUGUCGCCGGGCUCGCCGGGGGCGCUCAGCGACGGCAACCCCAGCCUCUCCGACCCCUCCACGCCCAGCGGCGCCUCCCCGCUGGGGCCGGGCGGGCCGGGCUCUGCCAGCGCCGCGGGGGCCGGGGCGGGGGGCGCCGGGGCGGGGGGCCGCGGCGGCGGCGGCGCGUCGCCCUCCGUCUCCUUCUCUCCCGGCGGCGGCGGCGCGGCGGCGGCGGCGGCCGCGGCCGCUUGCCGGGGCAUGUCGUGGACGCCGGCCGAGACCAACGCGCUGAUCGCGGUGUGGGGCAACGAGCGGCUGGUGGAGGCGCGGUACCAGCAGCUGGAGGGCGCCGGCACCGUCUUCGGCAGCAAGGCCCCCGGGCCCGCCAUGUACGAGCGCGUCUCCCGCGCCCUGGCCGAGCUGGGCUACGAGCGGACCCCGUCCCAGUGCCGCGAGCGCAUCAAGCAGCUUCCCAAGAGACAGAGUGAGUUAGUAAGGAAUGCAAAAUAUACCCUUCGCAGGUGUUACAGUCGAGUGAAAGAACAUGGUGUUGGGAAAAGGAAAAGCAGUUACACAUUUGAACAAUUGGAACAGGUGUUUGGUCAGGGAGGAUGGGACUCGCAGCCCUGCCAACCUGUACUCAUUAAUAGUAGCGGCCUGUACCAGGAGCUGGAAUCGGAUGGCAGCACUAUGGAGGAAUAUUCACAGGAGGAUUGGGGGAACCACAGUCAGGAUCUUCACUGCUACCAGGGAGGAGACCCGGAAUUGGAUGAAAUGCCUGCCACAAAGAGAACAUUAAAGAUAAAACAGGAAUCUUCAGAAGAAGCACAGAAGCAAGACGUCAUGCAGAACAUUGUGCAAAUCUUGGAAUCCGUCCAGUUAAAAUGGGAGCUGUUUCAGAGCUGGACAGAUUUCUCCAGGCUACAUCUUUCUAACAAACUAGCCAUUUUUGGCAUUGGUUAUAACACACGCUGGAAGGAGGAUAUUCGCUACCACUACGCUGAGAUCAGUUCCCAGGUGCCUCUUGGCAAACGGCUUAGGGAAUAUUUCAAUUCGGAGAAGCCAGAGGGCAGGAUCAUCAUGACGCGAGUACAGAAAAUGAACUGGAAAAACGUUUACUAUAAAUUCCUAGAGAUUACUAUUAGUGAAGCAAGAUGCCUGGAGCUGCAUAUGGAAGUUGACUGGAUACCUAUAGCUCAUUCUAAGCCAACUGGAGGAAAUGUUGUUCAGUAUUUAUUACCAGGGGGGAUUCCCAAAAGCCCUGGCCUGUAUGCCAUUGGUUAUGAAGAUUGCCAGGAGAAACCCCACUCACCUCAUGCAGACCGCAGAGGCCCAGAUCCUGGGAAAGAGACUCAGGGGGAGGUAGAUGUCCCUUCACCACAGGCCUCUCUCAGGGUGGAGAUGGAGUCUGCCAGAAUUAUCUAUUGUUACCUUGGCAUUGCUGAGGUUAGAACUCUCCAGCAGUGCUUGUUUUUACAUUUUCAGGCCAACACCAAAACCUUCAGCAAAGAGUGGGUUGGAAUCAAUGGGUUUUUAUCUCAGAACUGCAUCGUAGAACCAGGGGUGUCGCCUAAAUCCAUCUACAUCAAAUUUGUGGAAGUGGAGAGGGAUUUUCUUUCUGCUGGCUCUUUGGUAGAGUGCCUGGAAAAAGCCAUUGGAUACCCAUUGAAGUUUAACAACUGAAUCUCGUCCUUCAUAAGGAUUAGGGCUUCUGCCUCCUUUCCAUGUUGCUAGCAGACGCUUACAGAUCCUGUCUGUUCACAGUGGGGCAAGUAAGACUUUCAGAGUGAAAAUGAACUUCAGAGUGAAAGAUGCUUGCAAAUGAUUCAAAACAACUUGUCCUGAGCAAGUGAAAUGUACAGCUAACUUGCUUGGCAGGUCAACUGGUUUUAUAAAGAGAUGAAGGCGAGCCUUGUAAAAAUGACUGUAGGUACAUUCCACAUUGGACAGAGCUUAUACUUUGCAUUUCAUAUGAAAAGCUGUUUUUUCCACAAUGUUUCAUUUUUACACAUCUGUCUCUAUAUAAAGUGUUAUUACCGAUCUGAAUAAAUAAGCAAUAGAUAAUGGCAAGUUAAACCUUGGGUCACAUUAAAUGAGACUGUUUUUCAAUGCCACCCUUAGCUACUAUUGUAUAUAAUUUAGAGUUUCACUUUUUUCACCCAUCAAGUGUGUUACUAUUUCCAACCAGUGUUGCCUGCGAAGACUUUUGUUUCUGUGAUGUAUCCCACUUCACUAGUAGUGUUGCAAAAUCAGCUCUUUUUUACCAUUAAAGUAAUUCCUGGCCUUUGA